ACGAAAGACAGACAUCAAACUAUAUUCUCCCUAGUGGACUCUUUUAUAUUAGCAACUAUAAAAGAGCCCACAAGAGACAUCCAUGAUAUUCAAAUAUCAAACUCUAUUCCCUUAUGCACCACCAACUUUGCAAAUGCUUUAAUCGUUUCAUAUGUUACAUUUUAACUUCUUGACAAAACUAGUUUAAGGUACAGUUCAUUUGAGGGAAGAAUUUUCAAACGAAAAAUUAGUAUAAACAAGCAUAGAUGCGUCCAUAAACUCUCACAAUUCUCAUUACAAAUUAAAGUACCAAACAAGAAAAGAAAAGUGAGAGAAAAGAAAGAGAGAAUAAUGUCUCCUACUCCAGAAUGGGUCAUGGUUGGAGGAGAAGGUCCUGAGAGUUACAAGCAGCAUUCUUCGUAUCAAAGAGAUUUGCUGAAAGCAGCAAAGGAUAAAAUAAACGCGGUGAUCUCAGCAAACCUCAGCCUCGAUUUGAUUUCGAAUCGGUUUAGUGUUGCGGAUUUCGGUUGUGCGAGUGGACCUAACACUUUUGUGGCAGUCCAAAACAUAAUAGAUGCCGUGGAAGAGAAGUAUCUUAGAGAAACCGGACAAAACCCGUCAGAUAACAUCGAGUUCCAAGUCCUCUUCAACGACUUAAGCAAUAACGAUUUCAACACUCUCUUCCGAGCACUUCCUUCGGACAGGAGAUACUACAGUGCUGGCGUUCCCGAUUCCUUCUUCGACCGUGUUCUUCCUAAACAGAGUAUCCACAUAGGAGUCAUGAAUUACGCUUUUCAGUUCACCUCCAAAAUCCCCAAAGGGAUCUCCGACCGCAACUCUCCCCUGUGGAACAGAGACAUACAUUGCACUGGCUUCAACAACAAGGUCAAGAAGGCAUAUUUUGAUCAGUACUCGCUCGACUCCAAGAAUAUCUAUGAACGAGGUCGUUGCAAACUGUGUCUAACCAUAUUUCUUAUGAUCAUAAUUAGCUACUUUUUAGCUAGCCUUUAUGAACUCAUUAACUCAUUAUGCCGAGUUAUUCACCUACUUUGCACAAGAUAA